AUCAACUCACUCUUUCUCAUACCGUACUUUUCAUUUUACAAGUUGCUUCUAAAUUUGGAGUUUUUUUAAAUCAAACAAAGAAAACAUGAAAACUUGCAAGAAAAGUGGUACAAUUGAUAGGAAAACUAUUGAAAAGAAUAGAAGAAUCCAGAUGAAAGCUCUUUGCUUCAAACUUGUCUCUCUUAUCACUCCUACAAGUAGUACUAUUGUUCACCAAAAACAUUCUUCUAAUAAGGAUGCAUGUAAGCCGCAGAUAGAUCAGUUUGACAAUGCAGCUGCUUAUAUACAAGAAUUGAAAAAGAGAAUAGAUGAACUGAAGAGAAAGAAACAGGGUAUGAUUCACGGAGGUGAACAAGAAAUUACCAACAUCAACAGUAUUAGUAGUAGUUCUUCAUCCUCAAGUACUUCUACCAUGACUAAGACGAAUUUACCAGGAGCGAAUUUGCCUAUACUUGAAGUUAAAGACUUGGAAGAUGCUAUGGUAGUGGUAGUUCUAACUGGUUUGAACAAAAACUUCAUGCUUUAUGAACUUAUUAACAUCCUUGAAGAACAUGGAGCUGAAGUUAUGUGCUAGUUUCGCUACGGUUAAUGAUAAGAUUUACCACACAAUUCACUCUCAGGUAAGAUGUUCUAGACUUGGGGUUGAGACUACAAAGAUACGUGAUAGAUUGAAGGAAUUAGUUUAUGCUUAAUUGCCUGCCAUAGUUCCUCUUAUGUAAAAGUUACCUCUAGUAUCUCUGUUUCUCUACACCCAAGAUAUGUUUAUGCUUCCCAGAAACUGUCAAUCAUGUGUUCUUGAAGA